CUGUCGCUCCAGCUGGAUCGGUUCGGACUUUAGCAGAAUGAACAGACAAUGUGAAGCGGAAUUGCAUGGCCCCUGUAGACUUGGCGUCGAUGAGCUUCUUUAUCAGCGUCUUUCUCGUUUUGAUUGCGGGAUUUUCGAAUAAGCGCAAAAGGCAGAAAUCGAAGAGAAGUGUGAGGUGUUUUUGUGUCCCUUGGUGCUUUGACAGGAACCUGGAGUACCAUUUGAACCUCGAGGUUUGGAAUUCUUUCUUAAUUAUGAGCUGCCUGAGUGCAUUAUUGACACAUGUGGAUGCACACCAUAAAGAUCAAAGCAUACAAGAGCUACAAAAUGCACUUGAUAACAUGACAACUGAAAUUAAAAAAUCAAGUGCAACAUUGUACGCUCCUGAACGCAAUUUUACAAAUUGCACUUCUAAGAUAAUGUACUGCUACCUGCUGGAGUUGAACGUUGUCGUAAUGGAGGAAAAUUUAAAUAACUCCCAGAUGAUAUACACUCUUAUAAAGAAAUAUGAGGAAUUUCAAAAGUGUGAAGCAUCCACACCGGUCAACUCCACAACGUUCUUGAAAAAGAUGAAAACGUUUCUUUUAGGACUGAUGAGCUGA